CGGUGUAUAUAUGAGCGCGUGUGGACGGCGGGCAGCUUCAGUGGAUUUUGCUGCACUGACACAGCGGGCUGCUCGGUUCACCGUCUCCCCUCUGACAACACACACCUGCUUCAUCCUCCUGACAGCGAGACGACCGAGAAAAAAUGUCGGAUUUCGAGGAAUUCGAGAAGCAACUGAGCGAGAAUCGACAAGAGAGAGAAAGAGAAAGACACAAAAAGAGGAGUCGCAGUGGUUCUCCGGGUCGAGGCGACAAACAUCGCAGCUGGAGCAAAGACCGAGGGAGCCGCAGCCGAGAGAAGAGAAGCCGCAGCCGAGACCGGAAGAGCCGGGACCGCCGGAGCUCCUCCAGGGACCACAAGAAGCACAGCCACUCACCGAGGAGAACGAGGAAGAAAAGGACCUGCAGAUAUUGGGAUGUGCCUCCUCCUGGCUUCGAACACAUCACACCAAUGCAAUAUAAAGCUAUGCAAGCGGCCGGGCAGAUACCAACAAUAGCUCUGCUGGCGACGUCCACCACGACUGGAGUGGCUGCAGCGCCGACACAAGUGCCCAUAGUUGGCAGUCAGAUGACAAGACAAGCCAGACGCCUCUAUGUUGGAAAUAUUCCCUUUGGCGUGACUGAGGAGUCCAUGGCAGAGUUUUUCAACGCUCAGAUGAGACUCGCAGGACUUUCACAAGCCCCAAGCAACCCUGUGCUCGCUGUGCAGAUUAAUCAGGAUAAAAACUUUGCUUUCCUAGAGUUCCGGUCUGUCGAUGAGACGACGCAGGCCAUGGCCUUCGAUGGGAUCAUUUUCCAGGGUCAGUCUCUGAAGAUUAGAAGACCUCACGACUAUCGGCCGUUACCUGGAAUCUCAGAGCAGCCCGCGUUCCACGUCCCAGGUGUCGUCUCCACAGUCGUUCCUGAUUCCCCCCAUAAACUGUUUAUAGGAGGCCUUCCGAACUACCUUAACGAUGACCAGGUUAAGGAGCUCUUGACAUCAUUCGGGCCCCUCAAAGCGUUCAAUCUAGUGAAGGACAGUGCCACGUCGCUGUCUAAAGGUUACGCCUUUUGUGAAUACGUCGACAUCAGCGCCACUGAUCAGGCGGUUGCUGGCCUUAAUGGGAUGCAACUCGGCGACAAAAAGCUGAUAGUCCAAAGGGCGAGUGUGGGAGCUAAAAAUGCCAAUCCUACCUCCAUCAUAGAGACCCCGGUGACGCUGCAGGUCCCUGGACUUCAGAGGCUGCAGAACUCCGGCAUGCCCACAGAGGUGCUGUGCCUUCUCAACAUGGUGAUGCCCGAGGAGCUGGUGGACGACGAGGACUACGAGGAGAUCCUGGAGGACAUCCGCGAGGAGUGCUGCAAGUACGGCAGCGUCCGCUCCAUCGAGAUCCCCCGACCGGUCGACGGCGUGGAAGUCCCCGGCUGUGGAAAGAUCUUUGUGGAGUACGUUUCCGCUGCAGACUGUCAGAAAGCCAUGCAAGCUCUCACCGGACGCAAGUUCGCCAACAGAGUGGUGGUCACCAAAUACUACGAUCCUGACAUGUAUCACAGACACGAGUUCUGAAAGCACAGACGUCAGCUUCGUCCUUCCUCCUUUCUGUUUGUCAGCUUGGGUUCAGUCGGUUUAUUUUACUCCUCUGAAUGUUGUGAACGUGUCCUUAGAGACUAGACCUGGAAAAGACUUUUAUUACAUCUUCUAAACAAACUGGACUGCAGUGUGUGUCUCUUCAGUAAUAGAUAUCUAACUCCCAGCUUAAGCCUAAUACUCACACAGUGAACUUACUCUGAAUUUUAAAAAAAUACUGUAGUAUUCAUUACAUUUGUAGUAGAAUGAAUGUGACAUGUAUCUUACCUAAACCCUAAACUAAUACUGCCUGACAAUGCCAGAGUAGCUGUCUAUCAAGUAUGCACUACAUGAGAAAAGAACAACAGUCAAAUGUUUAGAUUUCCCUCCUGAGCACAAGAUCUAGAUUUGAGAAGCCAUCAUAAUGUCUCUUGUGUGGCUGCCAGAGGAAAAAAAAAAAAGUUUUUAUUUAUUUAUUUAAUAAAUAUUUUCCUCAAUACGUCACAUAUUAAUAUUCCUUAAAACAUAUGCGAUGCUAUAACCUGUACUGCUUAAAAAGACCAAAUGUUGACUUUUUUUGGUCAAGAGUAAAAAUAAAGAUUUUGUUGGCCUCAAAGGUCAUUUUGUAAA